CCUGUUGUAUCUACUGAUGUGUCGCUGCAGAAGAUUAAUCGAUUUACAUUAACGGCUAAAUGUAUUGAUCCGUGAGACAUUACUCAGUAUAUACUUUGGGUCGGGAUGUAAUAGCCGUUUAAAAUAAAAUUGUGCUUAAAACCAGUAUCUCAAAACCGGUUUCCACUGCCGAAGAUGCUACAUAGAGGGACUGUGUGCAUGUGACCUACAGCGAGCGUAGGCUACAGUAUCCUCACUGUAGGGGAGAUUAUUAACCAGCAUCACCGACUACAUCACCGUCAUCACCAGCUUCGCGAUUGUGGAGACGUGAGUAAAACAAGCAUCUCCACGCCAUGUAGAUGCAAGCUGUCGACAUCAUACCUUGUGUGAAUACUUCUUUUGUUUUGCAGCACUUCACUGUUGAGUGCUGACCACUCGGCUCCACCAACUUCACUUUCAAAUUGUGUUUUUUGAGAUUCCGUGCGUAUGGCGUUUUGACCGCGUGUGGGAGCGAACGCUUCUCCCUCUCACUACUCUCCAUGCUGUUUCACUCUUGUUGUCACGUUUGAACCAAAACGGACAGUCCAUGUUCAUCCGUCGCUAUUGCCAGACCGUGGGCCGUGGCUAAGAGUCCAAGUGGGUAAAGCGCACAGGCUCGGCAGCACAAGAGACUGAAAAGAGAUUACUUUGUGAAAGCUCGGGGACACCUAGUUUAACCCUGGAACUCCGCAAAACAAGCUAGGAUCUAUGAAAGCGACAAAGCCCAAAGAAGACAAGGAUGCAAGCAAGGUUCAAGAUGACUCUUUGUACACACGGGAAUACAUUAUAUUACGUGAGGAUUCUCUUCAGUCCCUGGAAGAUUUAAACAAAGACUACGACUUUAACGCCAAGUGCCAUGAAAUCUUUUGCUGUCCGAUCGGGCUCAUCAUCUUAAGGAAAGGCAAGACUCCUGAAGAGCCCCAGCUAAAGGGGAUCGUGACCAAACUGAACAGCCGGCAGGGCUUCCAUCUCCAGCUGCAAGCUGAUGGGACCAUCGAUGGCACAAAAGAGGAGGACAACAGUUAUGCUGUGUUCAACCUCAUUCCAGUUGGGCUUCGAGUUGUGGCCAUUCAAGGAGUGCAGACCAAGCUCUACUUGGCCAUGAACAAUGAGGGCUUUCUUUACACCUCAGAACACUUCACACCGGAGUGCAAGUUCAAGGAGUCUGUUUUUGAGAACUAUUACGUGACUUACUCCUCCAUGAUCUACCGGCAGCAGCAGUCCGGUCGGGGCUGGUACCUCGGCUUAAACAAGGAGGGCCAGAUCAUGAAAGGGAACCAUGUGAAGAAAAACAAGCCGGCUGCACACUUCAUCCCCAAACCUCUGAAGGUGGCCCUGUACAGAGAGCCGUCCCUUCACGAUCUCACCGAGUUCUCGCGCUCGGGCAGCGGCACACCCACGAAGAGCCGAAGUGCGUCGGCCAUGUUGAACGGCGGCAAAACGCUGAGUCAUCACGAGUCGACAUAACCACGGCGACGUGGCCUCGGAGUCCCCCUCUGCACCGGCCAGAAGACACACGCGGGACUUCCUGCUGAUACGUACCAUCCAACCAAUCAGCACAAAUCAAACACAAGAGACGGACAUCUCCAAGAAAAAAAAAGGCUACUGAUUAAGCUCCUGAGAUCACUGUGACGACAAGAUACAAGUGCAAAAUGAACAAAACACUGACAAUUAUGACGACAAGAAACAAAUAUAUAUAUAUGUAUAAGAACAACAUACAAAACAAAGACUACAAUGACAACAACAGUACAGCAAGCCAUGUAUAAUGUUUGCGGGAUUGACCACUCCCUGGAAUUUCCCUGUUUUCACGUGUAGCAUAUUUCCUGUGCAUUUCCUUUCUAUGCGAGCCCUGCUAUAGCCUGGGACAGCAACCCCCCAGAGAUGUCUUGUCAGACAGUCCGCCGUUCUGAGCUCCUUCUUGUCUGUCCCUCUGAGGAAUCCAAGUGAGGUUCUUCCUAUUUUGUGCUUUGGCAGCUUCAGCAUGCUAUUAGCUGCUUUGCAUUUAAACUAAUACACCACAUGUUACAAAAUGGAGAGAGGGAGAGAAAGAUACAGAGGGAGAAAGAGAGAGAGAGAGGCAGUCUGGCAAGCAGGCAUGUCCUCCAUCUCCUCCGUCUCUUCAAGCAUUUGUUUGUCGUGUUUGGUCUCCUGGUGACUGAGUGUCCAGAGAGGGAAAGAGAGAGACAGAGCUCUGACCAUUUCCAAGCAUUUCUGUUCAUGACUAUUAGGUAGGAGUUUGGAUUCUGUCUCUGCACACCAAAGAAGAGUCUUCUGUUUCAAUGCCAGCCUGUUUCAAUAAGCCUACUCAUUCAUUUGCAGACGGAGAGCACAAGGUGCGCUAAGGGAGAAAUGCUAUUAAUCAGUGUUAUGAGUGGUGGGAGGGUGAAUGCCAUGGUAAUCAGUGGAAGGUGUUUGUGUGUCUUGUUAAUGUCUAUUUUUAUGAGUGAAUGCACCUGGGACCUUUUGAAAUAAUACAAAAAAAGACUCAGAAUGAAAAAACUAUCCAAGGCAAAGUUACUGUUUACGGCAGAGGUGGAGAAGUGUCUGUUUUCUAUCAAUGAUGAUGAAGAUCCUUUGUAUUCUGCGUGAGAGAGAGAGAGAGAGAAAACCAUCCUUGGCUUUAACUGAAGUUUCACAAUAGAUUGACACAUUCCAUGUGACGGUAUUGCUGUCAAAGAUCAUUUCCUUUCUCAAGGAUUAUGCUCUCCCAGUUUGCCUAGUCCAUGCUGAGUUUCUUGUUUCCUUGUUCCACAGGCUUCUUCCUUAUUCAUUGACCAUUUGUAUGUGUUGCAUGGGAGACAGUGUGGCUCUCUGGGAUAUAGCUGCAUGCCAUAAAGCUUUGUGUAUUCUUCCAUGUAGAAUCACGUUCUCCAGUUCAUGCCAGGGUAGAACUGAAUGUACAGUUAGGAUUUUGUCCUGGUAUACUCCAGUUUGUUAUCUGUUGUACACAUAAAAUGCACUAAAUAAAAUGUUUAUAUGAUAUAUACUUUAAAAUGA